AUGGCUGAUGAUAAUGGCACCUCUGAUUUUGUCCUCCUGGGCUUCCCAGCCCGGGAGGACCUGCAGGGGGCAUGCUUCGUCCUGUUCCUUGCCAUCUACGUGGUGACUCUGGCAGGAAAUCUGGGGGUGCUCCUCCUGAUCCGGAUCGACCCGUGCCUGCACACCCCCAUGUACUUCUUCCUGAGCCACCUGUCUCUGCUGGACCUCUGCUACUCCUCCACCGUCAUCCCUCGGGCCCUGCUGAACUCUCUGGUGGAGCAGAAGGUGGUUUCUUUCGCCGGCUGUGCCGCCCAGCUCUUCUUCUUCGCCGCCUGCGCCACCAGCGAGUGCUACCUGCUGGCCGCCAUGGCUUACGAUCGCUACGUGGCCGUUUGCCACCCCCUGGCUUACUCCCUGAUCAUGUCCCAGAAGCUCUGUGUUGGGCUGCUGGUUGGUGCCUACUCAGCCGGUGCGAUCAGCUCCACCAUCCACACGCUGUGCAUAGCCCGCCUCCCCUUCUGCCGGCCCAGGAGGAUCGACCACUUCUUCUGCGACGGGCCGCCGCUGCUAGCCCUCUCCUGCUCUGACACUCACCUCGCUGAGGUGACCAUCGCUGCUGUGGUGGGCUUCAACGUGCUGAGCACCGCAGCCUUCAUCUUGGCCUCCUACUCCUCGGUCCUCUCCGCUGUCCUGAGGACGCGCUCCGCGCCCGGGCGGCGCAAAGCCUUCUCCACCUGCGCUUCCCACUUGCUCUCCGUCGCUCUCUACUACGGCAGCUCCCUCGUCACGUACCUGCACCUCAGCCCCAGCCACUCCUUGGAGCAGGAUAAGGUGCUCUCCCUGCUGUACUCUGUUGCAAUCCCCAUGCUGAACCCCUUCAUCUACAGCCUGAGGAACGCAGACAUGAGGAACUCCAUGAGGAAAGCAAAAGACAGAGUCCUCUCCUCCGUGCUCACCCCUGGUUCCUGGUCAGCUGGAAGGAGAAGGCUACCCUGGUGUGGGGAGGAGGGUUAG